AUGGUUGCCGAGAGGCGCGCGACGAGAGCGAGCGCGGGAUGCGGGUUUCCCGACGCAAACCCCGUCGUCAAGCUCGAAUCGUCGUCGCCGAAGGGUAAGCCGCCGCCGACGCGGGCCAAGACCCAAGCUAAGCCCGCGGCGCCCCCAAAGCUUCCGGCGGCCAAGGCGAACGUCGUCGGGCCGAACGCGUCCCCUCCCCAGUUCCCGUGCUUCGCGAAGGAGGAGGCGGACGACCUCGCGCUGCUCGAGACGGUUCCCGAGGAGGAGGGCGAGGAGGAGGACGAGGAGGAGAAGAAAAUGCGCCGCAUGAUCUCCAACCGCGAGUCCGCGCGACGCAGCCGCCAGCGCAAGCAGGCGCGCCUCUCCGAACUCUCCGCCGCGACGCAGAACCUCUGGCAGGACCGAUGCCAAGCGCUGGAAAACGUGAGAAUGAUGACGCAGCUGCUCGUCAAGGCCAGGGACGAGAACUCGCGUUUAGAGCAGGAAUUGGCCGUCUUGGGGCGACACGCGCUGAGCAUGACCGACGAGGGCGCGGUUUUGCUCCGAGACCUCGAUCAGCACGCGAAGAUCGCCUCCGCCAGGCAAGAGGCGUCGCGUGAACUGCGCCGAUACGCCAAGAAGCUGUCGCGAUCGCCGAGUCCGACGAUCGCCGCGAGCAUCAUGACGGCGGGCGGGUCGGACGCCACGGCCAUGACAACGGCGCCGGUGAUCGUGGCGGCGCCGACGGCAGUCGCGGCGAGCGGACCCGUGCGCGUUAAUCUCGGCGCCGUCUCCUGCCCCGGGGCGUGA